AACACAUGGAAGCUAUGAAAAAAAAAUAUUACGUUUUCGUGGGCGAAGUGUGAGGUGAGGUGGUGGUUUACUGGACGGGAGGAUACAUCUAUGGCAUAUGAGCCAAGUCACAUUGCAUGACCAGAGGAGCAUCAUUUCCUCUUUUCUUUUUUUCCUUCUCUCUUUUUCUCUUCGUUCCAUUUUCGUCGUACCUGGAAGCUUGCGCAGCCACUACUUAUUUCUUCCAUUAUUCGAUUUUUUAUUUGUUACUUUCGCGUGGACGUUUAUCAUCAAAUACCCCGAGUUCUACUUCUGUCUGCUCUCUUAUCUGUCUUCAUCACGGUAGCAGCACUUGCAGCCGAAAAUACCAAGAUCAUUCAAAUACUGGCUUGAGAGCGCUGUGAACCCAGUGACCCGUGAUCUGGCUUGCCUACGACAGAUGAUUGCCACGUGCGUGAGGACGGCUCCAUUACCGCUCCAGACGGGGGCUGUGUGUCGAGAGGAUUUUAUGGUUCAGGGCAUCUUUCUAACGAUAGAGAGUAAGUGGUGCGUCGUCUAGACAGCGGAGACCAGUCCCGGUAAAUCAAGAUCCCAAUCUUUGCCUUCCCUGCCGCGGAUCAAACUCGGCCACAAGCCGGACAUCCCGGGGAGAGAAGACCACGCACGGCUGGGGG